GGCCACGCUUCAGUUUUUAAUUUUUGAGCAGAUAAUAAUCCUACAUCUCACGGAUCUGCUUUUCAAUAUUACGAUAUGCGUUUGACUAGCUGAUGAAUUAGAAGUGACCGAAGGAAUUUUCAAAUGAGUGAACUGAGCCGAAGGCAAGACAUAAACAAACAUAGCAUGUAUACUCUCAACCAGUGUUGGGAAGGUUACUUUUAAAAUGUAUUCCCCUACAGAUUACAGAUUACAUACCUCAAAAUGUAGUUUGUAACGUUAUCCAUUAAAUGACUUAAGAUAUUUUAAGAUGGACCUCUCUUCACUUCUGUCCUCCCUCCCCCUGCCCCAGCCUCUGUCUCCAGCUCAGCCAGUCACAACUCUGCUCUCUUCUCUGAGCGCUCUGAUUGACUCGUGCCCUGACAGCGCCCUCCUUUCUGUCGUCUCUAAAGUGGAGCAGCUUUUGUCCUCCGCAGAUUGUGAUUGGCUGCUCUCCUCCACCACUCACAGCGUGGCGUCAGAGCAGGAGGUGGAGCUGGGGUACCUGUUGUUAUCGCGUGCUCUGAUUGGUCGCUGCUCCCUGCCACUCGCUGAUGAUGACAUCAGUUCAGUGGCAGAGUCGCAGUACGACGCCAUCAGACCAAGAGUUGAAGCUGUGAGUCACACCCUCGUUACCCUGCUGAGGAUUCUGGGUAAAAGCAGAGCAGAGGGUGGGGCUGAGUGUGAAGGAGUUGGACUUUCGGAGAGAAUCCUGUUCACUGUUGCUCCGGACAUCUGUGUGUUCGCUGUCACUCACUUCCAGAUGGCACCAUGGAGCAGCCCGUCGUCCAGAUCCGCUGCACAGGACGUGAUGGGAGCGCUGCUAGAGUCUGGACCAUGGACAGACUCCGCCCACCUACUCGUUGGGGACAGGAAGCAUAAGGAAGAUAGGCAAAAGGGCGGGGCCAAGGGGAUUUUGGGACCAAUCCUGGACCUGCUUCAACCUCAACUCAGCAAAGAGUCCUUGUUCCACAGUGAAUCGGUGAAGCUGGUGUUCUCCUGGGCUCUGCUGCAGGUGACACGCCCUGACCUCUCUCAGCACCUGCCUCGCCUCCUGCCACCAGCGCUGCUGCUUACAGACCAUUACAGACCAGAGAACUGCAUUCUGGGAGUCCGCUGCCUGCAUCACAUCGUCCUGCAAAUGGCUUGUGCAGAUCUGCGACAACUGAACAGAGCGGAGGUCCUGUAUCAGGCUGUGUUCAGACUCCUGUACAAUGGCCAGCCUCAGGUCACUCAGUGUAUCCUGGCCUUUCUGAUGGACCUGCUGCUCGUUCUGGAGAAGCCCCCCUCGUCCCCAUGCUCCUCCCGCUCCCGCAGAGCUGCCAGUCGCCAUGAUGAUGUACUGCGAUUGGUCCUGACACAGAUGGAGGCGGAGCAUAAACUGGCGCUGCGGCGGGUUUAUGCCUCUGCACUUCCUCUGCUUGUGGACAGGUUUGGUAUUGCAGUGUGCAGACACUUGAGGCGUCUGGAGAGAGUGAUCCUGGGGUACCUGGAGCUCAGUGACCCUCCGGAUGAGACCAGCCGUAUCCAGAUCCUCCUCACCCUGAACCGGACUCUGCAGACCGCCUGGCCCCGGGUGGACCAGAGGAGAGGACUGCAGUUCCUCAGGGCAGUGCUGCGUUUGCUGAUAGAUGUUUCUUCAGACUCAAAUCUCAAAGACUCAGUGAAGCAGGAGAUUUUCAACCAAUCAGCCACAAGUAUCCGACUGCUGGAUGCCUGUUCCAGUGGGACACUACAGUGUCUCCUCCUGCAGGUCGGCAGCAGUCACUGCAGUCCUGAUGUCCUACAAAUUUUACACUCAGCAAUGACCAAAACACAAACGUGACACUAACCACACGAGGGACAAAGAUCUAACAAAGAACUGGACUGAAAACUGGACCAAGCAGCAGCCCACUGUCCCCACUUAAGGCCCACAGCAGCAGGGAUGGACUCAGCCUCCAGAACAAGUGAAGAAGAAAGAGUCAACACAAGGCAAAAAAACAAACAGUGUAAUCCGCACAAGUAAAUAUCUCCUUAAAUGUUUGUAGUAAUGCAAAUAGAAAUACUGUGCAGACACAUACACUAGGUGAAAAGAUACUGUUUUAUUAAAAAGUUGUAAAAAUAUAAAAUUUUUCCUUUCCACAAAAGUGCAAUACAGUAACAGUGAUUGUCUCAUGAUAACGUUCUUUCAGAGAACAGUGAGAGAGGCUCUGAGAAGGCUGCACAAAUUGAGGAAAAAAUCAAAUGCAUUAGUUAAAGAGUUGUAGUCUAUUACGUAGUAUAUUUACUUAAUAAUUGUGAUAGUUCAUAUAACAGAUUCAUUUCAGUAUUCCAAUAUUCCAAAACAGCCCUUCUGUCCAAUCACACUGUGAGUGAAUAAUCUCUUUACUUUAAAACAGGGGUGUCAAACAUACGGCCCGGGGGCCAGAUCUGGCCCUCCAAGACCUUUAAUCUGGCCCUUGGUUGAUUUUCUACUGAAAUAUUUUAAUUAUAUUUUCUAUUAAAAUAUUGUUAAUUUUCUGCGGUGCUUAGCAGAGCAGCGUCUCCAGCGUCUCUGUACGUGGCCCCUCCCUCCAGAGCAGCACAAAUGAAGACUUGCCUCUUUCCAAACCCUCUUAAAGGACGAUCGUUUUGACUGUUGACCGUGACACCCUCAUCAGAAAAAUGUCAAAAACGAGAAAAGUGGAGCCGAGUGCAGGAUUUUCCAAGAAAAACGGACUUAUUCCAAUUUGCAUACAAGUUAAUGUUAAAUGCAAUUUCAACACGAUGUUUUUUUCUUAAAAUUUCAGGUUGUUCAUAAUAUUAUAAUAUUUUGUAAAAGAAAGAGUUAAUCAAUUAAAAAGAUUUCUGUAAUAGAUUUGUGUUUCUCUACACAAAUAUUUGAACUUAUUGCUAUUUUUGGGGUAUAUAUGCCAUUUUUUUUCCUUUCCAGCCCCUUUGGGAUCAAAGUAGAUUGGAUACGGCCCCUGGACCAAAAUGAGUUUGACACCCAUGCUUUAGAAGCUGUAGUGACUAAAUUCUUUUAGUCAUUUGUGCUCACAUCAAAAUUUGAUAUUUUUGCAGUUUUACCAGGUUCUUUGACCCAGUAAUCAAAGAGGUAUUAACCAUAAACCAGGACACAACACAUACAGUUUAAAGGCAACUUCUACCAGAGAAUUCUGACUAUGCCUUACUUCAGUUUUCAAAUUGUGCUUAUUUAGAAUGUUGUAACUCUUUAAUCUGCUAGAAUAUACUUUUAGAAGCCGUAACAGAUCAUGAAUACAUAAAAAUAUAAUAAAAUGUUAAUGACAAUGAACAGUUUUAUAGAUGCGAACACUGCAGUCCUGACCUUCUGAAGUCCCUCAGGGUGUGGGGACUGGUGACAUGUGCAUGGUUUAUUUCAGAAGAAGGCUUAACACUCUUACAGUAAACAUAUGGAAAGUUCGGCUAUGCUCUUUUUGUUAUUUUUUGUUUUAUCCUGUUUUUGCUUUGUAUGAAAAACAUAAUAAAUAUUUGAAUUAUUAAA